GGUAAACUGUGUCGUCGUACAAAUCACGCUCAUCCUCGUCGAGAAAUGAAGCAAUAAAUAAGCUCUGCUCUCUCUGCUUUCAAAUCCCCAAAUUCUUCAAUCUUAGGGUUUCCUCUUCGUCUUCUUCUUCUUCUUGCAUCUCAACGUUUACCUCACACGAACUAGGCAGGUUGCUGCGCUCGCUAGCUUGUUCUUGUUUCGGUUCUUUUCUUAUAAGGAUAUUUCGUUGAAGGUUUUGCUUGGUGGUCUCCAACAUGAGUGUGAAUAGAAGUCAAAGCCCAGAACGAGCCAAGAGAUACCGCAGCAGAGAACGCGCAUCUUACCAUGAUGCUCCAUAUCCUAGUGAACGCCGCAGUUAUAGGCAAGAUUGUCUUUGCAAUAAAUGUAAACGGCCAGGGCAUUUUGCAAGGGAUUGCCCGAAUAUGACUGUCUGCAACAACUGUGGACUUCCAGGUGCUGUAUGUUUUAUCAGCCACAUUGCAGCUGAAUGCAACUCAACAACUAUGUGUUGGAACUGCAAGGAGCCUGGACAUCUUGCAAACCAAUGUUCCAAUAAUCCAGUCUGCCAUAUAUGUAGUAAGAAAGGCCACCUGGCUCGUGAUUGCUCGAACCCUAGUCCUUCAUCCCAUGAUGCAAGGCUCUGCAACAACUGCUACAAACCGGGUCAUAUUGCUGUCUAUUGCACAAACGAGAAGGCUUGCAACAACUGUCGGAAACCUGGACACCUUGCUCGUGACUGCCCCAACGAACCUGUUUGCCACACCUGCAACAUAUCAGGUCAUAUGGCUCGCCAUUGCGACAAGUCAAGCCUAGCCCCAGACAUCAGAGGCCCCUUCCGCGACAUCACGUGCCGUAACUGUGGGCUGCCAGGCCAUAUCGGCCGAGAGUGCAUAUCGAUUGUCAUCUGCCACAAUUGUGGUGGAAUGGGUCACCAAGCUUAUGAGUGCCCUUCUGCGUUGAUGAUCUACGGUCGCGGCCUACGAAGGUAUUGAGUAUUGACCACCUAAUGAGUAGGGAGUCGGAGGUUUCAUAUGUAGGAUUUGCUUCUCAAGUUACACUACAGUAAUUAUGGCUUUACUUAUCCCAAGUCUUAUGAGUAGUAAAUGUACUGGGCUUUUAGUCAGACGUUCAUUCGUUAUGGCAAUAUCUCAAACCUAAUCCUUUGUGUGAAUGUUAUGAAACUUUGUAAGAACUUUUGAGUCCUCA